GUAGAAGAACCACACACACGUGACUGGCGCUAACAAGAAGCAAGAUGGCGGUGGCGGUGCGGAGCUUGCAGGAUCAGCUCGAAAAAGCGAAAGAAAGCCUGAAAAGUGUGGACGAUAAUAUUCGCAAAUUGACUGGACGAGACCCAAAUGAAUCAAGACCGGGUCAACUCCGUCGGGUGGGCGGCCCCAUGGCAGGCCCUGGUGGAGGUAGAGGCAGAGGAAUCAACCUACUCAGACGCAGUCUCUCCGACAUAGGUACAGGUGGCCCCCCUGCCAAGCAGAGGGACAUAACUGGAGCGCUUAUGAGGUUGGCAGGAGGAGACAUGAGGCCCCGGAGAGAAAUGCGCCACGACAGCGACGCUGAGGAUGAUGACGAUGUCAAAAAGCCAGCGUUGCAGUCGUCAGUUGUAGCUACCUCCAAGGAGAGAACACGCCGAGACCUCAUUCAAGAUCAGACCAUGGAUGAGAAAGGGAAACAGAGGAAUCGGCGUAUGUUUGGCCUGCUGAUGGGGACCUUGCAGAAAUUUAAACAGGAGUCAAAUGUUUGUACAGAUAAGCAAAAGAGACGUUCGGAAAUUGAGCAAAAACUUGAAGUUCAGGCAGAAGCUGAGAGGAAAAAGGUGGAGACUGAAAAAAGAGAACUGUUUGAAGAAAGACGAGCCAAACAGACUGAGCUGAGAUUGCUGGAACAAAAAGUUGAAUUGGCUCAGCUGCAAGAGGAGUGGACCAAUCACAAUAGCCACCUGGUCAAAUUUAUACGCACUAAGACAAAGCCUCAUAUUUUUUACCUGCCUGGAAAAAUGUGCUCUGCAACACAGAAACUCCUCGAGGACUCCACCAAGAAACUUAAUGAUGUUUUUGAAGAGAGGCGUCAGGCAUUUGCUGAACACAUCAGCAAGAUGGAGUCUCGCCCACGCCGCCAGCUAAACCGUGACCAGGAUGGCACCAAAGUGACUGCAGGAAUGGACCACACAGCUGAGGGUAAGCCAGCAGGUCAGGCAGUUAAGGUGAGGGGUAACAAGAGCCUAGCUGAGAUGGAGGAAGAGGAGGAAGAUGAGGAAGAAGAAAUGCAGAAGGGGGCAGAUAAGAAAAUGGAUGAGGGGCAGAACAAUGGGGCAGAUGGAGGUGAACAGGAGAAGGAAGAGGUGAAACAGGAUGAAGAGGCUAUGGAGGUUAGUGAGGUAGGUACUGGGGUGAAAAAAGAUAACGAGCAGACAGCAGAGGGCAGAAAGGAGCAGGAGGAUAUAGGUAGCAAAGAUACUAGUCCAGAAUCCGAAAUGGAGGCAGUCUCUGAGCGGGAGGAAAGAGAAGAGUCAGAAAAUAAAACAAAGCUUAGUGAGCUACAGCAUGAAGAGAGAUCAGUCUCUCAAUCAUCUGAAGUGCCUGCUGCUUAUCAAGAAGCCCAAAAUACGUGUGAGCAGCCUAGUUUCCUUGAGGAGGCUACAGCUCAGACACAGGAGCCCUCCUCAGACACCAAUCCGCAGGCUGAAUCCCAGGUCGAGUUUUUUGUCAUACCUGGUCUAGAAGGACCCUGUGAUGCUGCUGACAACCAGAGUUUAGAAGUACAACCACAGGAGAUAGAACCAAAGAACACUGCUGAGCCCACCAAUACAACUACUCCUGAUGAGAACAUAAAGGAAAAAAGUACCGGGAGAGGAAGGAAGAAAGAGAAGCAGUCGAGAAAGAGCCGCAGUCAUAGCAGGAGCUCCUCUUCCUCCUCUGGAUCCUCCUCCAGCGGCGGCAGCUCCUCCUCGUCUGGAUCCAGCCGCUCUUCUUCCUCAUCUUCCUCAUCCUCAUCCUCCUCAAACAGCAGCAGCCGAAGCCGUAGUCGUGACAGUGAAAAACGCAAGAGGAAGGCAUCAGAGAAGAGCAGAGACAGAAAGAAGAGGGGAGGUAGCAGAAGUGGAGGGAGGGACUCAAAGGGGUCCAAGGAGAGAAGAAAGAGGAGGUCCGAGGAGGGGAGGAGUAGAUCUUCCCGGGGCGAUAGGGAGCAUAAAGACAAGGAUAGGAAAGACAAAAGGCGCUGAAGUGUCAUCAGUGGUAACCUAAGCCUUCAGUUGAUGAUUCAAUUUUUAAAGUCAUUUUUCACCUUCAAAUAAAAUAUCACUGUUUUUUUUGGGUUUUUUUUUUUUUUUUUGUUUAUCCAAUAAUCAAAUGGUGUCAUUGAAUCCCAGUUAUUCUUGUUGGAAUACCGUUCUUGUUGGAGUAUCAUGUCUUAGCAUUGCUAGUGGCAGGGAUAUCUUGUUUCUUCUCCAUGAUUCAGUGGAAGCAGGAUUCAACAACGCUCAUCUUGGUUAUGCAUUCUGCCAGAGUUAAAACAUGGUACCAGAGACAUUUACUAAAAUAUACUGUAUGGCAUUGCCAUUUUCACUUCAUAGUUGGAUGUUAAAACCUUUUGUACAUUCUUUAUUUGCUCAUGUUUUUUGUCCCUUUUUGUACCAACUGACUUACCAGCUUCAAAUUAAAGACGGAAGUGCUGGUAAA